GCGCAGCCAAAGCAAGGCAAUCCGCAAGUUUGCGUGUUUUCUGAAGUGCACGCGUUUCUCACAAAGCAUGUGCUGCUGUUUUGCUUCGUCUUUCGUGAAAUGUCUUUGAACAAGUUAGUUCUACCCGGUGACGUCGUAGACGUUAGUGUGACCGAUGAGAAGAAAUGCAUCGUUGGACCCGGGCUGCGGAAGGAAGGGGAGCGCAUCGUUGCCACUCGCGCCGGCAUUCUGAAGCAUCGGCGACCCAACACAUUCUGGGUCGAAGGACACCAGAAAAGGUAUAUUCCUGCAAAGGGUGACUGCGUCAUUGGAGUCGUGACAGCCAAAGGAGGCGAAAAUGUCCGAGUAAACAUCGGCUGCAGUGAGCCAGCUACGCUGUCCGUGUUCGCCUUCGAGGGGGCUACAAAGAGAAACAGGCCUGACGUAGACGUUGGCGACAUUGUCAUGGCCCAAGUGCUGAUGGCCAACAGAGGCAUGGAGCCCGAGUUGGUCUGCGUGGACAGUUACGGGAAGAAAGGCAUCCUCGGCGUCCUUCGCAGCCCCACUGGCUUCCUCAUCAAAGUCCCUAUCAACCUCAUCAAUAAGCUCCUGGCAAAAGACUGCUCCUUGCUGCAGACACUGGGCAAGCGCUUUCAAUUUGAGAUAGCCCUUGGCCACAACGGGAGGAUCUGGGUCAACGGAACUACCCUCCAGAGUACGCUUAGCAUCUGCAAUGCGCUCUUGUCAGCAGAGAACCUCAGUGCUCAAGAGAUUGAAGAAAGGUGCCUCAGGCUGGGUACAUAAAGGGCCCUAAGGGCCAUGCAUAAUCGG